AUGGUGGUGGGGGACGAGCGGGAGCCCAACGCCUUUCUGCAGGCCCUCCGCGCGGCCGCCCUCUCGUCGUCGUCAUCGGGCAGCGUGCCCACGCGCGUGGCUGCCGGGGUGGGCGAGGGCACGCCCUUCCUCCAGUCCGACGAAAAGUUCUUCGGCAUGGCCACCGCGUGGCUCGGAGACGACCUGUGCCUGGCCCUCAAGGCCCUGCUCCGGCGCGUCAAGAUCAGCUUCGUCGCCACGCGAUUCCUCGGCGCCGGCAAGAAGAUCUGGGUCAACUGGGAGUGGGUGGGAUCGCUCCACGGCGAUAGCUCCGCCUUCCCGCUCGGGUCCAACGAGCGGUGGACCACGGCGACUGCCCGGGCACUGCAGCCCGGCGCUGCCGCGUCAUCGUCCUCAUCGUCUUCGGGCAGUCAUGCUCCUCCUCCGUACCACCCGCUGCGCAUGGAGGCCGGCACGCCCGAGGAGGGCGGCCUCCUUAGCCCACACUCCGCCACCGCUGCACGUGCCGCGACGGCGUCCUCGCCCUCUCUCCAGUCUCCCUCGUCGACAGCUUCCUUCGCCGACGUGAGCACGGCCUCCGCGUUCAUCCCCGAGACAGUAACGACUACCACCACCACCACCACCACUUCCGGCUCGCCAGUGAUGCUGCACAGCGGGAGCUACAUUCCGGCGACCAACGAGCCACCAUUGCUGCUCGCGUCUUCGUCGUCGUUGGCGUCGGGCGCGCCCCUCAGCUACGGCCACACCGGCCCUGUGGCGUUCCUGCCCGCUUCCACCCCGGUGGCGAUGGCCAAGCCGGGUGGCAUCCCUCUCGCCGCCCUCGCUUCAUCGCAGUCGGCGGUGGAGCAUCAACCCGCCCUCAAGGAGAAGCGCUCGCUGGGCAAGAAACUCACGCGCCGCUUCCACAAGCUCACCCACCAUCAUCAAGAUAAUAUCUAA